AUGGCGAAUUUUCAAGUGGCUGACCGUGGUCCCAUUCCAGACGGCAUUACAUUUGACGAAAGUUUCAGAAUUCUAGCUCACGAUGUCGACCUUGAUGGUGAAGGCGACGGCGCAUGGAUCCCUGUCACAGCGUACACAACAAAGGUCGCAAACGUCAAUAUCGCCGGAAAUCAGUUCGAUACAUACCCGAUCAGUGUCGCAUCCUUGAGUGUAAAGGCUGGGAGAUCCCUGCAAUUCAAAGCACAUUACAACCUUGCGGACGUCAAGAUAGCAACCAUUCAUCCUGUCUCACUCGGCGUUGCUUGCACCGUGGAGGACAACGUAAUCAGCUUUACACUCGACCGAGCUCUUGACAUCAUGCUCGAGAUCAAUGGAGACAAGUGGCAAGCCUUGCAUUUGCUUGUGAACACCAUCGAAGCGGGGGAUCCAGAGGGCGAAGCGGAAGGCGUGUGGUACUUUGGCCCCGGCGUCAACAACAGCUCCGCCACUGAGAAAAUAUCUGAUGGGACAUUGAUCGUCCCUUCGAAUACAACGAUAUAUCUCGCUAGCGGUGCUUUCCUCACAGCACAAGUUGUCUUUGCUGGUGUAGAAGAUUCAACCAUAAAAGGCCCUGGCUUCAUAUGUCGAGGAAACUACGACGCCUCUAAAUCUCUCAUGCCCAGGGAAUUGGCCGGUGGGGCUAUUCUCAUCGAACGAUCACAGAAGAUCCUAGUGCAGAGAGUGACUUCUCUCCGCUCAUUUGGAUUUAGUCUUCCCAUUGGCCAGGGACAAGACAUCCACAUCGAUCGUUAUCGCUCUUUCUCGUCCCACGGCAAUGGUGACGGCAUCGACCUUUUCUGUUGCCGAAACAUCCUCAUCGAAAAUUGCUUCCUGCGGAACUCUGAUGACACCAUCGCUAUCUAUGGCCAUCGCUGGGACUACUACGGUGAUACGCAAGACAUUCGCGUCCGGAGUUGUACAUUGUUACCGGAUAUCGCCCACCCCAUCCAAAUUGGGACACACGGCAAUCCCAACGACCCGGAAACCUUCAGCAACAUACACAUCAGCGAUAUAGAUAUUCUGGAUCAUUGUGAGAACCAGAUGUGGUACCAAGGGUGCAUUGCAAUCAACGCUGCUGAUGAGAACCUAAUACGAGAUGUCCUCGUUGAGGAUGUCAGAGUGGAGAGUAUUACCAAAGGUCAGCUCUUCAACAUUCGGGUCAUGAGGAAUGCCAUGUGGACGACGGCACCUGGUCGCGGGAUAAGCAAUGUGACAUUUCGAAACAUUGAAUUCAGUCUUGACAGGUCAAAAAUAGUGAACCCGUCUCAGAUCCUUGGUUUUGAUUUGAGCAGAAUAGUCGAAAACGUCACGUUUCAAAACCUCAAGAUCGAUGGUAAGAUGAUUCACGAUGAUAUGCAAAAGCCAAGUUGGUAUAUGGUGUCAGACUUUGUGCCCUUAUUCGCCAAUGAGCACGUAAGAAACGUUACAUUCGAGCUGGUAGAUAGUGAUUGUGGAUCCUAA